AGAUGCGGGCGGCGCACAGCAGGAUGGAAGCGAGGAGGUGCGGGAGGAAAAAACCCUUGGGGAAAAAAAGGGCGUGUUGCCCUUCGACUGUUCACUUGGGAAAAGGGGGAGGCGUAUUGCUACCUGGAGUAGGGAAGGAGGCAAGCUGGCAGCCCCGCCUCUCGCCUGCGCCCUCCCCCACCCCUUUCUCUCCUCCCCUAGGCUGCCGGGUCCCGUUCUGCUGAGAAGCUGCAGUGACAUGGGAAGAGCCGGCCUCGGCGGUGGGAGGUAGCGAGGCGCUAAGCCCUACGAUCGGCGCCGGGGAAGGGGAAGGAGGAGGGAGGCCGAUCGGCUGGCUGGCUGGCUGGCUGCGGAGGGGGUAGCCGCAGUGGAGAAGGGAGCAUCGGCGAGGUUUGGAAGAUGAUGGGCAGCACCUGUGCUUUUCUCAUGGUUAGUUGAUUAGAGUUUGGAAGAGUAUGACGGGAGUGGCUAUUCCAUUGUUGGAUGUUUCGAGCUGCUCCUUGAGAGCCAAGAAAUUACUUCCCUCAGAGGCUACAGUACAAUGCAUGUUAUGAAUUGUGUCUUCUUGGCCAGUGAAAAAGAAAAUGGGGAUCUCUCUGCUGCAGCUGGAUUAAUGAUUGGGCAAACAUCUCCACCCUCACCUCCACCACCCCCACCACCACCCCCUCCACCCUUGCCAUGUCCAGACAAUGGGUGUCCUCUUGUUCCUCCCCCUCCACCUUUGCCAGGGGGUCCUCCUAUACCUCCACCCCCUCCAGGACUACCUCCUUCUUAUAUGAAUGGACAUGGCCACCUUAGUAAGACAAAGAAAAUGAGGAGUUUUUUUUGGAAAACAAUUCCAGAAGAGCAAGUUCGAGGCAAGAACAACAUCUGGACAAUUGCUGCCAGACAGCCGCAGAAAUAUCAGAUUGAUACAAAGACCAUUGAAGAGCUUUUUGGGCAGCAAGAAGAGACCAAAUCAUUGGUUUCUAGGAGAGGUGGACCAUUAAAUGCUUCCUUCAAAGAUACAAAAGAAGAGAUCUCAGUCUUGGAUGCAAAACGGUGCAUGAACAUUGGAAUAUUUCUCAAGCAGUUCAAAAAGUCUCCCCAGUCCAUAGUAGAAGAUAUCCACCAAGGAAAUGGUGAACAUUACGGAUCAGAAACUUUGCGAGAAUUUCUUAAGCUUUUGCCGGAGUCAGAAGAGGUAAAGAAAUUAAAAACAUUUAGUGGAGAUGCAGCCAAGCUGUCUCUGGCAGAUUCCUUUAUAUACUUCCUAAUACAGGUGCCAAACUAUUCACUUCGGAUUGAAGCCAUGGUGCUAAAGAAGGAAUUUUUACCUUCAUGUUCUUCUCUCUGGGAUGACAUGACCAGUUUAAGGAUGGCUACAAAAGAGCUCAUGUCCUGUGAAGAGUUACAUUCUGUAUUGCACUUGGUCCUCCAGGCUGGAAAUAUUAUGAAUGCGGGACGUUAUGCUGGCAAUGCAGUGGGUUUCAAGUUGUCAUCAUUGCUCAAAUUAGCAGACACGAAAGCAAACAAACCAGGGAUGAAUCUGCUCCAUUUUGUAGCUCUGGAAGCCCAAAAGAAAGAUGUUAUUCUUCUGAAUUUUUCUGAAAAAUUACGCCAUGUUCAGCAUGCUGCCAGAUUAUCUCUUGAUAACACAGAGUCAGAGCUUCAUUCACUGUCUGCGAGGACAAGAUCUCUAAAGGAAAAUAUCCAGCGGGAUCCUGAGCUUUGUCAACAGAUGAAAGCCUUUAUUAAGUUUGCUCUACAAAAAUUGGAAGAAUUAGAGAAUUGGAGAAAAGACCUUCAGAAAGAGGCCCACGCCCUCAUAGAUUUUUUCUGUGAAGACAAAGAAACGAUGAAGUUGGACGAAUGUCUUCAGAUCUUUAGAGACUUUUGUAUCAAAUUCGACAAAGCUGUUAAGGAUAACAGGGACCGGGAAAUGCAAGAACUCCGUCAACAACAGAAAUUGAAGGGGCUGGAAGAGAAAAGACGUUCCUGGGCUGCUGGUGAGAUCGGGAGCUUUGGAAGGAGCAGCAGUGAGAAUGAUGUGGAGCUGUUGACAAAGAAGAGCCCAGAAGAGGUGUUCCCCUUCCUUCAUCAGAGGCCCUUUAGUCAUUCCCACCGACCCCCCAACUCCCGCCGCUCCCGGCUCUCCCUGGGCACCUCGGCAGAUCGAGAGCUGCUCAGCUUCCUGGAGACCGCCACAGGGGAGGACCUAAAUAAAUUCAACAGCCUUCCUAGGACCAGCACAAGGCAGUCCAAGCCUUUGGUGGCCUGGAUGGAACCCACGGGGUCUAAGGAUGUGAACUCCAACGAUCUAAGUUUCCAUCCGGCCCCGGCAUCUGAAGAUGGCCAUAAAACCCCUCUGAUUCAGCCUGGGCAGCUUCCUCCCGAUCCAUGCCUAGAGAACUCCAACGCCGUCCUGUGUCGUACUCGGAACCGUGGCAAUAAUAACAACUUACAGAGAGACCCGGGGCCCGUUGGGCCCCCCUUGCCCACCUUGACCAUGGGCGUUGAGGAACGAGAACUGGUUCAUGACUUGAUCCAGUUUGACGCCCAGGAGUCAAGAAACCAAGAGGCACGUCCCAGAUUUAUCUUGGAGGACUCUAGCCCAAUGGAGUCGGAAUCCCUGGAAGAUGCGAGUUUGCCGUCCCUUACUGCUGCUGCUGACAUCCCGGUACCCGCUGGCCAAGACUCUAGGGAAGGGACCAAAAGGAAAAAUGGCAAUUCGGCCCCGAAGGACGUGGCGGCUGACGUGCUAUCCCCAACCAGUGCAGUCUCUGUGUCCACAGACACAAGCGAGUCUGAAAAUAAAGCGCCUGAGAUUAUUUUCUACAUCUCAGACACCACCGACUGUUCCUUGACUUUGGAUUGCUCAGAAGGAAAUGACCCCAAAACUGGAAGCAGUGGAUCCAAAGAGGGGAAAACGGUGAACGGCUCCAUGUCUUCUGGUACUGGGGACACGGAGGGAGACCCCAGCAGGAGCAGAGCUCCCUCCACCUCAAGUUUCAGUCCCAUCGGGGAAGACUGUGCUUCUGCCGCUGGGAAGAAUGAACCUAGCUACAAAUGUGGCCUCCCCAAGGAUAAAGGAGUCAAGGGGAAAGAGUUAGCCCCCAAGAGAAAUUCCCUGAAAGACACACCUUCCAGUGCCUCCAAACCUUCCAGUGUCCGGCGGAGCCUGGGGCCUUCUUCCAAGACUGUGCGGACCCUGAAUGCCUCUGAGAAUGAGAGUAUGCGCAAGGUGGUUCCCAUCAACAAAACCUCCCGAGGUUCGGGAAGCUGGAAGCGGCCUGAAUUGGGAGUGGCCCGGGCAACCCCCCGGGAGGCCGCCAGCGGCCCCGAAGUUCGAAUGUCCCGCCGGAGCUCCGUCCGAGGCACCGCGGACACGUCCCCCCGAAGGCCUUCCGGCGUGGCCGUGGCCGCUGCCGUCGCAGCCGAGGAGCAGAGGCUGCGGAGAGGAAGUGUGUUCUCCAGCAGCACCCGUUCGGGAAAGGACUCUCCCUUGCAAUCCAAGCCCUCCCUCAAGAAACCCAGCGCCAAACCGAUCAGAAAUCUCCCCAAGUCAAAGGUGGACGAAACCAAGGUCUGCCGGACUAAUCCUCAGGAGUCGGAGGAGGCCGAGGAAGUGCCCAAGCCCCCCCCGCCCAUCCCCGCCCCCCGGGUGCCGCCCUCCAUCCCAAGCUUUGCCAGGAACACCGUGGCCUCCUCGUCCAGGAGCUUGAAAAGGGACUCGUCGCCUCCUACUUCCAAGGUACCCGGCAUGACCCGAGCAGCUUCCCAGAAGCAGCUGAAGAUGAAGACAACUUGGGAAGAUACCCAGGCCAGGAAUGGGGGUACUUUGAGGAGAACCAGCAGUGUAAGAAAUGCCCCCAAGUGCCCAUCACCUGGUGAGAACUCCAGCAGCAAAGAGGAAGGCUCUUUGAAAGGGAAAGGCCCGGGGGAGAAAUCUCUUAAGCGAAAGGAUUCCACUAGGACCACCUUGGGGAAAAUUCUCAAUCCGUUAUGGAAAUGAAGAGGGUCUUUUCUCCUUGAGAGCCCCCCUCUGGGCUUAUAGGCUGUUUGAACAGAUUUUGGCAGUGGGAUGUCAACCGUGGACAUCUUCCUUCCACAUGACCCAGGAUCUAGGCUGGCAUGGAAGUCUGUUUUACAGUUUCUAAAGGGUCAGCCUCCUCCAAGGACCAAGCACCGUGUUGGUUCUCCGCUCUCCGUCCCGUGGUAAAAGAACAAUAUGAAUGUAUGGAUUUGAUGCUGCUGUGAUGGAGCUGAGGGCCUGGUACCCAACUGGACCGUUGGUGCGGGUGCAAGUAAUCAAAUGCUCCACCUCUCCAAAAGAGAGAGAGAACUUUGAAAUAUAAGAAGAACUUCUUAUAUAAAAAGUUUAAAAAAAAAAAAAAAACUUUUGGCCAGUUUUUAUAUGACAAAGACUUAUUUUAUAAGGUGAAAAAAGUUAACUUCUCAGUUUCCUUUUCUGAGUAAUUUUACUCCUAAGGAACCAUACAGGGGGAAAAAAUGACCUUAAUAUGAAAAUCUUUACUGUCUUCCUUUAACUUUGUGCCUCUUAGAGUCCUUUUGCUGGCAAUAGGACCUUUUGGCCUGCAAACCCCAAAGCUGACGCUUCAUGUUGGCUUCUUGACAAAUCCACAGCAUGGCUACAGUUCCAUGGGCAUGGGUCCAGGCGUGGUUCUGGUGCAUGUAUGUUUAUGUAUGUAUGUGUGAGAGAGAAGAAUCAUAUGGAUAGGGAAAAGGGAGAAACGCCUCUGCUGGACAGAAAGCCAUUCCUUCCUGGGGCUGCUGUUUCCCCUAUUUAAACAUUGAGGUUGGUGGGAAAACAGACACGCGAGUGUUGGGCAGGCCCGGCCUCUCUGGGGUAAAGUCCGUGGCUCGUGUUUGGAUGAGUGGCCGUCAUGUGCACAAUCGCCACCUGCUUUUCCAAAAGUGCCCUGGGUUUAAGACAUUCAGAGAUCCAGACCUGGCAGGGGUUAGUAGUUAACUCAGUGCUAAUUAAAGACUGACUGACUCUCCUGUCCCCUCCCCAGUUUGUUCAUCUGCUGUCAUUAUGUGAAUGCUGCUACAGUUUGUGUAAACUUCGAUUAGAGAAAUGGGAAAAUCCUUUCUUGUCUGUCCAGUCUUCCUUUUUCUGUGUUCACAUGGAAAGAGAUGGCUUUAUGAGUUAAGCAUCUUGUUUUUGGUAUGGUUUUUGAAAGAGGCUGAACUUGGAUUUAAAAGAGAAAACAAAAACCAACUUUUUGAUAGGUGAACAGCGCUUUUAAUAGAAUUUUUAUCGGCAGGGACAAAAAAGGAGGGGAAUAAAAUCAGGCUUCAUAUAUCAUGAAAGAUUUAGGCCUUCACCAGCUUUACCAAAUGCUCCUUUCCCAUUUCCCUUUGAGAGUAAUUUAUCUCAAUAGAGACCUACAGGUAAUUCUUAUUUUUAAUUUUAUUUUUUUUAAUAUUGUCUUUUUAUUUACUUACUAGUGAAAUCUUAUUUUCUAUCCAACAGUGGCAAGUGGUGAACAGCUAUUGACUAAACAACAUUGUUACUCAUUCCCCCCUCCAGGAAUGUGUUACCGGCCAAAAUGAAUUUUAUUACCUUUUAUACUUCCAUAAACCAGCCAAGUGGGACAGAAUGAACUUUGUGAAUUAAGUUAGGUGACUGACCACCAGACUUAAAGAAAAAAAAGACAGUCCCAUUGAAAUCCCUUUAUUCUCUGGGGCUUGCUUUUAAGAUUCAACCCAGAACAUCUGAAAGUAUGCGCCUUAAAGAAAAAAGCUAAAUAGAAAGAAUACACUUCUAAAAACAGAUUUUGCUUGAAAAUCUUAAAAACUUUUUGGAACUUCCCAUGCUUGGACUUCCUGUGUAAUGGGGUCUUAUUUAGUCUUGUUUAUCUUCUAUGUGUUCAUCUGCAGGAGCAGGUGGUUGAUUUUUAUUACCUUUUAUUGGUAGUAAGCUUGGAAAAAAAAUAAUUUAAGUGAGUUUCAGAACAUGUAAAUAAGUUUCUAUAUAAAUUUGUGUAAGAUGAAUUGAAUGUAUUUAAUGGACCCAUUUAUAUGUUCUUCAGCAUCAUGUAGUUUAAUAAAGUCCCUGUUUAUGGGA